AUGGGCAAAGACAAAGAUAAGCACAAGUCAAAGAAGACAAAAGAUGCCAACACGCAUAAAAGUGGCAAAGACAAAAAGUCUGCCAAGGAAAAGUCAAAGGCAGUGGAAAAGAAAUCAGCCAAGGCUAAGCCAAAGAGUAACAAGUCCAAAGUAGUUUCUUCAAAGAGCCCUAAAAACAAAGACAAAUCUGCCAAGACGUCGCCCAAGUCAAAAGUUCAAGACAAAUCUUCAGGGAAAAAAAGCGCACAGGCAAAUUCAAACAAAGCAAAACCGCCACCAAAGGGUACUGUGGCCAAACCUAAUACAAAGACAAAAACGCACGCAAAGCCGCCAAAAUCUGAGAUUCAAAAAUCCAAAUGCAAAAGUGAAAAGUCGCAAAAUGAUGUGCUUGAUAGCGUCAUCAGCUCAAAUGCCUCUGCCAACAGUAAUGAGGAAAACCAAGUGGUGAAGAUGCUUAAAAAGGAAAAGCCCACUUUAGUCAAGAAGCCUCCAGUCAAGCCAAAGACAAAGGUGAAUGUUUCAAAAGUGACUGAAUCAGAUAAAGAAUCAAGCUACAAGGCAGCCCUGACUAAGAAAACAGUCCCAAAGAAAGUCAAGCAGAUUGUCGACAUUAAAGAGGCUAUUAAAAAGGCUUGCAAAAUUCACGUAAAGUCUGCAAAGAAAAAGUCUCCGCUAAAAAAGAACAAAGAAAAGAUGCCUGCACCACCGCCGCCAUCUUCAACAACCAAGAAAGCGAUCGUCAAAGCGGUUCCUGCAAAAGUGCUCUCUGAAUCCUCACUGGAAAGUGUUCAAAAGGCGGCCUCCAAGGCACCGGAGGAAAGCGGAAAACUUGAGAAGAGCGCAUCCGUGGAUCUUCCCGCGUCUUCUGCCACCGAGCCGGCCGAAUCAGUGGAGGGAAAGUCGAGCAGUCAACAGACAGCAGAGGCAGAGAAGGCUAAAGAGGAGAAAGCCACCACCACCGCCGAAGAGGAGGAAGAAGAAGAACAGUCGGGGGAGGCAGAAGCGGAACAGGCAGUCUCGCUGCCGCUCCCGCCUCCGCCCCCGACCGAGUCAGUGGAGUUCACCAAGCCAACGGUGAAUCAGCCAAAAGGGAGGAAGGAGGCGUCGCCGAUGUGCUACUCGGCGGAGAUUGGCACCAACGAGUUUGAGGCACUCUUCGAUGAGAUUGCCGAGCUGAACUCGGGGGCGACAACGCUGAAGCACUCUUACGGCAGCAUCGUCACCAGCCUAGUGCACAUGCACAAUCGACGACAGGCAAAGAACAAGAUGGGCAAGGAGGGGCAGAAGAGCAGCAAACAGCAGCCACCGCAGCAGUUCACCUUUAUGAACACUCGCUCUGAGGUGAGCGCCGAGACGGCCUUGCAGAUGGAGGAGUGUUUGGAAGGGGUGGAGAAGUACGACAUGGAGCGAUUCAUCAAUCCAGUCACCAGAGAGAAGACCUUUAAAAUGCUCUUUGACGAGAUUGAAGAUCUCAACAAGAAAACACAUAAACUUCGCACUGAAUUCUUCGAUGAUGCUGCAAACUUUUUGCGUGAAAAGUACGAUAACCAAAAGGCAUACAAAGUGGAACGAAAGCGCUUUAAUCAACUUAAGCUAUGGACCAAAAAACUGUUGACUGUCGUUGAUGACAUUUCGCGGACUUAUAAUGACGACCUGCUCAAUAUGUUUCGAGUGGACGGAGUUUAG